AAAAACCAAACCAAAAAAAAAUUUACAAAAAUGUUUUCAUUUACAAAACAAACGUUUACAUUCCGUAAAUCAUCACCAACAAUAAUGAUGAUUUGCAUUUUGAUCAUCGUAAACGCUGCUGUCAUCGAAUCAAAACCGUUGAUAAUACAAAAAAGUGAUAAAUCGAAUGAAGAAUCAUCAUCGAAUCCAUCAUUACCAUCAUCAUCCACAUCAAUAUUAUCGUCGACAAUAAAUCCACCUCCAACCAUAACAAUAUCAUUUCCACCAAUACAUUGUCUAAAAGAUGAAGAUUGUAUUGGUAAAAAUUCAUCAUCAAAAAUUUUCUAUGAUCCAAAUGGUCGUUGUGAUAUUCGUCAAAAUCAAUGUAUUUGUAGUGAUAUGAAACGUUUUCGUCGUGUACAGAUUAAAGUUAAUAUUAAAACAACAUCGAAUCAUUCGAUCAAUAAUACUGCCAAUCAACAACAACAUAACGUUAUUUAUGUAAUAAAAUGUUUAUUGAAUGAAAAUUGGUCAUCAAACCAUAAUGAACAACAACAUCAACAACAACAAACGAUUGUAAAUCAUCAUCAUCAUCAUUCAUCGGUUCAAUCAUCAUCAUCAUUAUCAGCUUCAUUACCAUCAUUAUCAUCAUCAAUAUUAUCAUCAAUUCGUCCACAUUAUUAUGGUCAACAAUGUGAUGAUGAUCGUCAAUGUUUAGCAAAUUUAAUUUGUCGUCAAUUAAUUGUUGCUGCCAAUAAGAAUAAUAAUUUAAAAAAUUCAACAAUGACGACGACGACCAUUUCCACAUCAACACCAUCAGUUAAUUUAACACAAAUGUUAACAAUAAAAAGAUGUCGUUGUCCAAUUGGACAACAUUGGAAUAAAUAUUUACGUCGUUGUGAAUGGAUACAUUCAAUGAAUUCAUUGUUUCAAUUUGGUUCAUCAUCAUCAUCAGUAGGAGGACAAUCACCAUCAUUAGGUGAUCAUCAACAUGGUAAUGGUCAAUAUGUUGAUCAACAAUCUUAUCAUCAUAAUAGUCAAAAUAGUGGUAGUAAUUAUUAUGGUAGUGGUCAACAAAAUUCAUUAUCAUCAUCAUCAUCCGGUGUUAUUGGACAUCAUUAUCCUUCCGGUAGUGGUAGUAGUGGUAUUAGUUCUUCAAUAAAUAAUCAUCAUCAUCAUCCAACAAUAACAGCCAGUAAUAUUGAUUUAAAAAUAUUUGAAAUUGUAUUGGAAAUUGCAUUUCUUCUGGCAUGUUUAUUGGGUUAUAAAGCUUGUUCAUCAUUAUGUUGUAAAGAUCAACAACAACAACAACAACAACAACAUGGACAAAAUGAUUAUGGAUCGGAUGAUGGUGAUUGUGAACAUGAUUCAUUUACAAUCGAUAGUAGUAUAAGAGCUAUCGAUAGUGUUGGUAGUGGUAAUCGUCGUGAUCUGAAAUCUGAUGAAGAAUCAAUAUUAAGUUCAUCGAUAAUGAAAUCAUCGAUAAAUGAAAGAUCAUCAUCAUUGAAUAAUAAAUCUGGAACAUCGGUACCAAAUUUAAUGAAUGGAUUGAAUAAAGCGAACAAUAUUGGUUCAAAUCAACGAAGUCAAAGUUGUCGAUAUUCAUCCAAAGAUAGUUAUGGUAAUAAAACAACAAAUUCAGUAAAACAAGCAAGACGUAUGUCAAGAAAACGUCGUAUGAGUAGAUUUUGUGCACGUACAAUGGCACGUCGUAAUUCAGCAACAAUGGCAUAUUCAAUGGCAUCACCAUUUACAUCAACAAAUUCAUCAUCAUCAUCGGCUGCUUAUUAUCCAAGUCAAAAUUUUCGUCGUCUUUCAUCAAUAUCAGCAUCAGCAUUAUCAGCAAAAUCAUCAUCAUCAUCAACACGUAAUCUAUUGGUAAAGAUAACAAAUCCAUCAACAAAUGAUCAUAAAUCUGGUCUAUCAGUAUCAACAAUUUUAGCACCAAAUGGCAGCAAUGGUCAAAAUAGUUGUUCAAAUUCAAGAGCAUCAUCACCAUGUUAUAAUUGUCGUAUUUAUAAAGAAGUUUAUUCGCCAAGUGCCCAAUGUAAAUCAUGUCGUUCAUUAUUAUUAUCAGUUGCAGCAACAUCACCAUCAUCAUCAGUAUCAGCUGUAGCUGCUGCCGAUCAUCACAAAGAUAAAGAUCUAAUAAAAGAUAAAGAUAAUGUAUCAAAUUCAAAUAAAAAUUCACUUAUCGAUUUUGAUUCAUUAAUGUUAAUGGUUACCGGUGGUAAUAAUGGUUCGAAUAAUAAUAAUAAUCAUAAUGGAUCAUCGGAUCGUUUAUCAACAGCAUCAUCAUCAUUAGAUUCUAGUAAUAAUAAUAAUCAUAAUGAUCAUCAUAAUAAUAAUAAUAAUAAUCAGAUUAAAUCAUCACCAUCAUCAUCAUCAUCAUCAGUAACAACAGCAAUCAUAUUGCCUCCACCAUAUAAACAAAAACCGAUUAGACGUUCAGAAGAAGUUGGUGUACCACCACAUUUACGUGCUCCUUAUCGUGAUUUACAACCAUUUUGGUUAAAAUAAAUAAAUAUUCAGAUGACCAAUCUAACUCGAAAACAAAACAAUAAUAAUUACAAAACAAAAAACAAAAAUAAAAACAUUCAGGUGAUUU